CUUGCUAAUAUAUAUAUAUAUAUUUACAUAUGUAAUUAUCUUUUCAAUUUUCAUGUGAAUUAAGGAAGAAGCAAUUGCAAAUAUAGAAGUAAUCUGAUUAGUAAUGCAGCCCUCGUUAUGUCUACGUGGAAAGGCCCUGUGACUGUGCUGAAGGCCGAAAACCCACCAAGAAAGUCCGCCGCCGCUGCUGCUGUUGCCGCUUCUUCUUCUUUCUGGAGCACACUACUCUUUGAUGAGUUAGGCGAAGUUUAAACUCUUCGACACUUCCUAUGUUAAAAUCAACUCACUGAUUUUUCAAUCAAGUGUUUGAGAAAAUGAGGAACGGCAGAAUCAUAUCUCGAUUUCUGUCGCGCAAUUUCACAAACACUUCUCAGGCGUCUCUGUUUCUUCGCCAAAACUUGCACUCGCACUUCUCAGCUUCAUGUCGACAAGUGUCGGCAAGUCCCUAUCUCGCCGGCCCGAGGACUCCUCCUUUAGCCAGGGAAUACGCAUCGAUGGCGCAGGAAUCGAAGCCGACGGAAAGUGUGUCACUGAUAGUGGAUGAGAUAUCCGGACUGACUUUGCUCGAAGUGGCCGAUUUGACGGAGGUUUUGCGGAAGAAAUUUGACAUUAAUGAGAUGCCAACGAUGGCGGUGAUGAUGCCGGGGAUGGGGUUCGGCGUGAGAGGUGCGGCGAAGGGUGGUGGCGCGGCGAAGGCCGAGGAGAAGAAGGCGGAGAAGACGGCAUUUGAUUUGAAGCUCGAGGGAGGGUUUGAUGCCGGGGUGAAGAUCAAGAUUAUUAAGGAGGUGAGGGCUUGUACUAAUUUGGGGUUGAAGGAAGCCAAAGAUUUGGUGGAGAAGGCUCCUACCCUUUUGAAGAAGGGGGUCGCCAAAGAGGAGGCGGAGAAGAUCAUUGAAAAGAUGAAGGAGGUUGGAGCAAAAGUUACGAUGGAGUGAGGUAAUACUGUCGUUAGCUUUUAUGAAUUUGGUCCAGUAUUUUCUUCAAAGGACUCAACUUGAUUAGAUGGUAUCUGAUGUUGGAAAUCCUGUUGAGUCUGUUUUUGCCUUGUUAUUAUACGAAUUGCAAUUUGGCUACUGCUUCUUCUAAAAUCCCAUUUUGGUGCCAUGCGCUAUGUUGCUCUUUUCAAAUGUAAUGGCUAGUAAUAAACUGACAAUUUGGUUUUUUCC